GGAAAAAUGAAGAAUGAAAUUGCUGCCGUUGUCUUCUUUUUCACGAGGCUAGUUCGAAAACAUGAUAAGUUGAAAAAAGAAGCAGUUGAGAGGUUUGCUGAGAAAUUGACUCUAAUACUUCAGGAAAAAUAUAAAAAUCACUGGUAUCCAGAAAAACCAUCAAAAGGACAGGCCUACAGAUGCAUUCGUGUUAAUAAGUUUCAGCGAGUUGAUCCUGAUGUCCUAAAAGCCUGUGAGAACAGCUGCAUCUUAUAUAGUGACCUGGGCUUGCCGAAGGAGCUUACUCUUUGGGUGGAUCCAUGUGAGGUGUGCUGUCGAUACGGAGAGAAAAACAAUGCAUUCAUUGUUGCCAGCUUUGAAAACGAGGAUGAGAACAAGGAUGAGAUCUCCAAGAAAGUUACCAGGGCCCUCGAUAAGGUUACUUCUGAUUAUCAUUCAGGAUCUUCUUCUUCAGAUGAAGAAACAAGUAAGGAAGUGGAGGUGAAACACAGUUCAGUGACUGCAACCCCAAGCCCUGUGUACCAGAUUUCAGAGCUGAUAUUCCCACCUCUUCCAAUGUGGCACCCUUUGCCAAGAAAAAAGCCAGGAAUUUACCGAGGAAAUGGCCAUCAGAAUCACUACCCUCCUCCUGUUCCCUUUGGUUAUCCAAAUCAAGGAAGGAAGAAUAAACCAUAUCGCCCAAUUCCAGUGACAUGGGUACCUCCUCCUGGAAUGCAUUGUGACCGGAAUCACUGGAUUAAUCCUCACAUGUUAGCACCUCAUUAACUUCUUUUGAUUUUGUUGGUUUCCUGUUGAAAGGUAGAAUAAACCUUCCUACACAUUAAAAGUUAAAAGUUCAUACUCAUAGUAGUGAAGUUUAGAUGGACCAAACCAUCAAACUUAUUUUUAUAGAGAAGUUAUUGAGAAUAAUCUUUCUUAAAAAAAAAAAAA